UGAGCAUAACCUUAAUGUCAAAAGAAGAACAAUACUGCAUAUAAAAAAGUUGUACAUUUUGUAUUGUUAUUAUAUCUAAUUUUUAUAAAACACAAACAAUGGCAGCAAUUAGACAUAAAUUACAAAGAGAAAUUUUUACUCCUAAUGAUGAAAAAAUACUGAGCAUUUGCAGCGUUAGAAAAGAAUAUAAAAAAAAGAAAACAAGUUUUUUGUGUUUAACUACAGUGAUGGAUACUCCUGACUCUUAUUUUUUACACCUAGUGAAAAAAAGUGACAAAAAUGUUUUUAAAAAGAAACAAUCUUGGUCUUUGGCUGAUAUUAGAACAGUUGAUGGUAUUGAGGAAAAUUCCAUGGAUUUAGAAUUACAUAUUGAUAAAAUUUACAAGUGGUCUAUUAUAACUGCUCAAGAGAAGCAUAGUUUUGUCAUUAAUUUAUAUACGUGUUCCUUUAGUCUUCCACAGAGAGCGGAAUUCAAAAAUUUGCCCAAAGAAUGGCUCCUUGAUAGCUCGUGUAUAAAAGAAGGAAGUCUAGAUAAGAGUAUAAAAUUAAAUGCAGGUUUAUUAGAAUCUUCACUGUCAUUGGAAUAUCAGCCUAUUACUGAAAAGGAAGCUACAGAUCUCGAUAAAUUAAUGAAAUCUUGUGAUUAUGCAGUUUCUAAUGCUGAAUAUUUUAUGGAAACUCUUUCAAAGGAUCUUUCUGUCUUGGAUGGGGAGAACAUACAAUCCGUGCUUGCAUCUGAGCCUCAAGUGACACUUUUAAUGAAUGGAAUAGAAGCAGCAAUUUCUGAAGCGACAUUAGUUGAAGAACGUCUUUGUAUUUAUGAUGAGGCAUUGGGCAGAAUUAGAGAAGCUAUGGCAAGAGUUGGUCAAAAAAAUCAAGCUAUACACACUGCUAAUCUCAAUGCCAGAGAACUACUUGAUCAACUUGAUGUAGUAAUUACUCAACUAAAAAUUCCUGCGAACCAUCAGGUAACACUAAAUGAGGCCGAACUACCUGGAAAUCGAGAGGAUCUUCGACUUGCCGGUGUUGCUCUAUUGAAAGCAAUAUCUGCACCUUUACCGCCAGGUCUUGAAAAAUUAAGCGCCGUUGUUGAACAAAAAAGACGAUUGGAUAAAAUGAAAGCUAAAUUCUCUCAAAUAGUUGCUAGACACUUGAAUAAUCUUUUUAUUCAUUUGGGUAAUGAUAUAGGAGAAAUGCAAGUCACCGUAGAAUUAACGCUUCCAACUCAUCAAGCAAUGCACCAUGAAUUAGAACCUUAUACGGAAUUAAUGAAAUUACUCAGGGUCUUAGAUAACAAGGCUUUUAAUCAAUUAACAAAAGUCUACACCGAUACGAUGAGUAAAUUAUAUCAAAGGGAUUUUAAAUUUUUCUUCGAAGAAGCAAAGAGUCGAUUAAUCAUCAAACGAUCUCACGCAAAUACUUCAAAAUCUAAAGAACAAAAAGCAGAGGAUUUGAUAAACGCUGCUCCAAUUUCGCUUUUAAGCUGUGAUAAUUGGACACCUCAAGGCGACGGGGCUUUGCUGGAUUCUAUUUUAGAAAGUGUUUUAUCCCAAUUGCAACCAGUUUGCUUUGCAGAACAAGCAUUUUGUGUCUCUUUUCUUCAAUUACUAGGACCUUCAAAAAUUUCAGAUGUAAAUGAUAGCGACAAUUAUGGCAACGGGGCCAUGAGUCCUGGUUCAGUGGGGUCGACAACUAGUAAAAAAUUAGAACGUCAAGUCAAUGAAGAAGUUCGAGCUACAAUGGCUGUCAUUUUUCCUUCUCUUGAAAACGAAUUAAACCAUUUCAUUUCCUUCUUAGACAAAAUAGACAGCUUCUGGUGCAUGUAUGUUUUGGUUCGACUCUCGCAGCAUGUGAUGUCAGCCCAAGAUACAGGAUCGUUUCUUUCAAUGACUUUUGCUUCAGCUCUCGUUCAAGUGAAGCGGGCCUUUGACAAAUUUAUGCAAGCUCAACAACAGUCAAUUAUUCGCGAUACUAAAGUAACGCGAAAAAAUAAAUGCGGCAUAUUGCCUUAUGUGGAAAAUUUUAAUUCUUUCGCUAGAAUUGCAGAAGGUAUUUUCCGCAGUUCUGAUAGGAAAGUAGAUUUAGAAAAAUGGUACACAAAACUAAUAAGUACAAUGUUCGAGGCAAUUAUUGUACAUAGUGGCGAACAUCAUAAAACACCGCAAGAAGUUAUAAAAAUGGAAAACUUUCAUCAUAUGUAUGAUCUUCUGUCACAAUUGAAAAUUUCUGUAUUGGAUCACGAACGUAAAGAGGCGAAACAAAAAUAUCAAGAAGCUCUUAGAGCUUAUGUUGUUCAGUAUUUUGGCAGACCUCUAGAAAAGCUGAACUUUUUCUUUGAAGGAGUUCAGGCGAAAGUAAGUACGGGAAUUAAAGAAUCGGAAAUAAGUUACCAAAUGGCAUUUAGCAAACAAGAAUUGAAACGAGUAUUAAAGGAAUAUCCGGCACGUGAAGUGAAAAAAGGAUUAGAGCAUCUCUAUCGAAAAGUGGAGAAGCAUCUUUGUGAGGAGGAAAACUUACUUCAGGUCGUUUGGCGAGAAAUGCAAGGCGAAUUUAUAGCACAAUACAUUUAUAUUGAAGAAUUGAUUCAACGAUGUUACCCUGAUAGUAUGGUGACUUUAGAAUUUACAGUACAAGAUAUAUUAGACUUUUUUUCAGAAAUAGCACAGUCUCAUUGAAAUUAAUAUUAUGUACAGUAACGAACAGAAUAAAGAGCAAUGAACGAUA